CCUUCACACAACGAGGCUCUUUAAGCCCCGGUGCCCAACACAGAGCGGGCAUUCAGAGCACGAGCGAGGGGGCAGGAACUGAGGCGGGCGACCUGCUUUCAGUGCAGUUUUUGUUCAGUAGACUUCCAUCCUGAGGUAGACGGAGAAAGCGCGGGAAGCGCGCAGAUGGAUUCAUUCUGACAGAUUUGAACGUGUGCAAAGAGAAACGUGAAAAGUUUCACAGGAGGACAUAAAGAUAACACGUUAAGCACUGUUUUGCAUAUAAAGAAAACUUAUUUUAACAACAGAGGCAUUGAGAGAAACUAGAUCCACCGAUACCUGUGACCGGCGUGCAAGAGGAGAGAUGUCGGCGGAGGAGCACAGUCUGUCAGAAGUGGAAAUGAGUCCCGGGGCAUCGGAGGAUGGUCACUCUAUGUCCCCAUCCGGUGGUCCCGGCGGGGCGGACUCCCCUCUGCCCAGCCAGCCAUCCCAGAUGUCGGGCAUCAGUGAUGAGGCGGCGGGAGUCUCAAGCGGAGUCUCGGUGAAGUCAGACGAAGAUGACGACCGCUUUCCCAUUGGCAUCCGCGAAGCGGUCAGUCAGGUGUUGAACGGUUAUGACUGGACGCUCGUGCCCAUGCCAGUGCGCGUGAACUCUGGCAGUAAGAGCAAACCACACGUGAAGCGGCCGAUGAACGCGUUCAUGGUGUGGGCGCAGGCCGCGCGCAGGAAGCUGGCGGAUCAAUAUCCGCACCUGCACAACGCCGAGCUCAGUAAAACGCUCGGUAAACUCUGGAGGCUGCUAAACGAGACGGAUAAGAGGCCAUUUAUCGAGGAAGCCGAGCGUUUGAGGAAACAGCAUAAGAAAGAUUAUCCCGAGUACAAAUACCAGCCGCGUCGACGCAAGAAUGGCAAACCAGGAUCCAACUCUGAGUGCGACGGCCACUCUGAGGGCGAGGUCAGUCACAGCCAAUCGCAUUACAAGAGUCUGCACCUGGAGGUGGUGCACGGCGGGGCCGCAGGAUCGCCGCUGGGCGAAGGGCACCAUCCUCACGCUACAGGUCAGAGUCAUAGCCCCCCAACGCCCCCUACCACCCCAAAGACGGAACUGCAGGGUGGUAAAUCCACAGAAGGGAAGCGUGAGGGUGGGGCCGGGGGCUCCAGGGGCGGUCUGGGGGUGGGAGCAGACGGAAGCUCCUCCUCUGCGUCCGGCAGCGGCAAACCGCACAUUGACUUCGGUAACGUGGACAUUGGCGAGAUCAGCCAUGACGUAAUGGCCAACAUGGAGCCAUUUGACGUUAAUGAGUUUGACCAGUACCUGCCACCCAACGGGCAUCCGGGCGUGGCAGCGACAUCGAGUGGUACGGGCGCAGGGUCCUCGGCUUCCCCGUAUGCGUACGGCAUCUCGACAGCCCUGGCGGCCGCUAGUGGGCACACAACCGCCUGGCUGUCCAAGCAGCAGCUGCCGUCCCAGCAGCACUUGGGACCAGAUGGCGGGAAAACGCAGAUAAAGAGCGAAUCACCUUUCUCCAGUGAGGUGGCAGCGAGCGGGUCGCACGUCACCUACACACCUCUCAGCCUGCCGCACUACAGCUCCGCCUUUCCCCCACUGGCAUCCCGUGCGCAGUUCGCCGAUUACGCCGAGCACCAGGCGUCCGGCUCCUACUAUGCCCACUCCAGCCAAACCUCCGGUCUCUACUCCGCCUUCUCCUACAUGGGCCCGUCCCAGAGGCCCCUGUACACGGCCAUACCAGAUCCCGGCUCCGUGCCGCAGUCACACAGCCCGACGCACUGGGAGCAGCCUGUAUACACCACCCUGUCUCGACCAUGACACACACACACUAACAGGCUUAUAAGGUUUCACUCUUAUUUAAUAUCCAGUAGCUGAAUGGUACAAACUAAAGUGUGUAUGAAAAUCACCUUCACCACAAUCGACACAGACAGAAAACUGAGAGAAACUUUAGGAAGGGUGUGUGGACAUCUGCAGGGAAAAUAUUCUCACAAAACGUGCGUCUCAGGCUGAUAAAAUCAUCACGACCCGUCACAGAGAUUUCACAGAGAUCUGCUCAGAUUCCCUAAAUGCCUUUCGCUUGAUGGCAGAAAUUUGAAAUGAAUGAUAUUUCAUGAGAUAUAGCCCAAAAGUUACCAAAGUUCUGAGACCAAAACAUUAAAACAAGAAAACUACAACAAAUAGGGUGGAGUUUCUGUACUUGGCAGGUACACAAAUAUUGUACACAUUGUACACAAACUUCACACACCCACGUUAAUAUACACCAACACACACCUGAUGAUACUACCUGUACAUCUAUGUGUUUUUUAUUUGUAUGAAUGAAUAAUCUCUUUUAUUAACCAAAAUAAGGCCAUACUGUUUUCAGAAAAAUAAUGACGUGUUUUCAUUGUUGUAAUCUUUUAUAUUGAUGUUACUGAUGUUUUUGUUGCCAUAACUACACUGAAAAGUCUUCACCACUGUCUAGUGUUUGUUAAUGACAUUUGUGUUUUAUGACUUUCAGCGUGUGUGUAUAUAUGAAUGAUCUUUACAGUUUUACUCCAAACGCAGAUGAAAGAUGGGACUAGAGUAGCGGUGCAUUCCCGUCAUGUCGGAAUUGCCGUAAUUACGAAAAUGGAACCGUUUUAUGUUGUUUUAUUACAGAUGAUGGUUCUUGGUGGGCUUUCUUAAUUCUUUGAUAUGUUGUAAGAGAAUACAGAGGUGAAUUAAUGUCGCCUAAUGAUUACAUAUUUUCCUGUCAUCAAGAACAAAGCCACACAUGGAUUUAUUUUGCCAUUUUGAGCGUCCGAACAGUUCUCGCAAGUACAGUAAUUCUGAUGACACAUGAAUUUAAUUCCAGCACUCGUGCCUUCAGAUCGAUCGGUUCAAUGCCCUGAUUAAGCUCAAAUUAAGGGGCCGUUUACAUGAUAAUGUUUUCAACUAAAAACGGAUAACUUUUUACGUUUUGGCUGUUCAUUUACACGACAAUGACGUUUUGGGGCCUGAAAAUGCAAACUUUUUAAAACUGGUUUCAAAGUGCAAGUUUUUGAAAAACGAUGCCGUUAUCGUCUCCGAGUAAACAUACAAAAACGUGAAUUUGUGAAAACGAUGACGUCAUGUGUACGCGUAUUACGUGUUCAGUCUAUAGGCAUGUGCGCGAGACAUUCAAAACUACAAUGGCGGACUACAGGACUGUGUUUGUGCUGCUCAAGGUUGAGUUUAUUGACGCUUCUCCAGCAAAGUGUAGAUUUACUGCAUCUUCAUUGUUUAUAUUCACCACUCUCUGGAAGAAUGCUUAUGUGCGCAGGCGCCUAGUGUUUCUUUACAAAGUGACAUCGCCAACUACUGGCCUGGCAUGCAUAAUACAGCGUUUUUAGUCGUUUUCGUGGAUCCGUGUGAACGGGGAUCGUUUUGACAACGUUGUCGUCUGUACGCAAAACUUUUCAAAAACGCAAAGGAAAAACUUUUCCGUUUUUAGUACAUCGUUGUCGUGUAAACGUACCCUCAAUUGUUCAGGACGUGAAACUUUAUCAGCGCACUCAAAUAAUAUUUUGGCCUAUUUGUAAGAUUUACGCAUUUUAUUUUAAAUACAGAAUUCCACCAAAUUGAAUUGCUUUAUCUUUAACUAAAUUAAAUGAAUAAAAACUGUAAUUUUGCUAAUGAUUACGCAGUUCAAUUUGAUUGAAUUUUGUUACGAAAUUCAAAUGCGUAAAUCUUAAAAAUAGGCCAAAAUUAUUAUUUUUUUUUUUAUGUGUUGCUGCUCUUAAUAUUUUCAUUCCCAUGUUGAGAAUGUCAAAUUCAUUUGAAACAGUGCUGUUUUGUUCAUUUUCUGGAGAUAUUUCCAACUCCGAACAUUUGCCGAUCGAACUUAUUUUCUGCACGAGCGCUCGUUUUGGUUAAAAAUAUUGCGGUAUUAUUUCACGGUACAGUUGCUUCUCAUGGUCUGUUACGGUAAACGAUAUUUAAUUAUUCAAACUUUUCCUCCCUUUUGGUACUUUAAGACUUAUUUUGCCCUCGUUAUUAGUAUUAUUAAAAAUAAACAAAAUCUCGAUUUUUAGGGCCUACGUCUUAAAGUAGGACAUUCUUGUUAUAUAUUACAAAACAUUAUUUAUAUUUGUUGUUUUUUAUCGGUAGCGUUUUAUUCUGAUGUGGGAAACCUUUGUUGUAUAAUGUUGUGGUGGCUAAACGUGUUGUUGUUUUUGUUUAUCAGUGUAAAUAGAAGAGCAGUGACUAACUUUAACUUCCCUCACUAAAUAAAGCUGCAGUCCAUACA